UUUGUAUAUUUCAUCUUAUUCAGUCAUAAAUGACAAUUAUUUUUUUUUGCAGUACGAUCAAAUAUUCUAAGAUUUACUGAUCCAACAACAAACAUCUCAAUACGCAUCCCCAUAAUCACACGCAUCCCCAUAAUCACAUCAUUUUCUCUCUUGGUCAUAAAAAACCUCGCGCAGCGUGCCCGCUUGUCGGCACCUCACAUGCUCCCUUUCCUCACCUUCUGCCUUCAAUUUAAAAACCUCAUUAAAAACAUGUCCAGUCCACUAUUUCAGUAUUUCCUCUCUGUUGCGUCUUAUCACCUUUCAACUUUACAUUCUACUCUUCCCCUCUCCUCAGCCAUGCCGAAGCUCCUCUACCUUCUCCUCCUCCUUUCCUUCCUCAUCCUCUCAUCCUCUUCUAUGAACUCACUCGAAGAAGAGUUACAGCAUCAGCUCUACAAGAGGAAGCCCCGCUUCGGCCCCGGAAGCAUCAGAACCUACCAGUGUCCGCGCGAGUGCGGGAGGAGGUGCUCGAAGACACAGUACCACAAAGCUUGCAUCUUGUUCUGUGGAAAAUGCUGUAGAAAGUGCCUCUGCGUGCCCCCGGGCUUCUACGGAAACAAGCAGGUGUGUCCUUGCUAUAACAACUGGAAGACCAAGCGAGGAGGACCAAAAUGCCCUUAAGACUUUGUUUUCGUUUGCUUGGUUUGUCAGAACAUGCCUGUUUUUGUUUGUGUUGUGAUCAUUCGUUUGCGUUUUUAAAGCUUUGCGUGGCUUCAU